AUCAAACCCCUUGAAUCAGGAAUCAGCUGACUGUUGUGAACAGCAUGCCAUAUUUUAUUCUCAAUGCGAUAUCACCAAAGCUUUAAUCGAGAUGGGGUUGAGCCUGGAUAUUGUGGAGAAUCAAAAUAUGACCCCGUUGAACUACUUGGGGUCGAAGAUACUACAUAUUAACGACGAAGUACCUUCAUCCAGGUUGGUUCAAUUUUUACUGGAUACCGGCGAACUCGAUGGUGAUAUCGAGCGCUUCUUCAUGCCUGAAAAAGUUGGACUAUCAUGUAACUUUCCAGCGCUUAUGUGGCGUAUACCUGGAGUCCUCGACAUGGUGAUAAAAAGAUCGAUAGGGUUGGAUUCAUACUAUCGACUUCCCCUCGACGCACGUUUUCAACGAUUGAUGUGGCAUUAUGUCGCCCCCGAAGUCCUGCUCAACGAUAUACAAAAAAGCGGUAACCUUGAACCUGCAGAUUUUCGACCGGUUCUUGAUUUUUCCCCUGAGAGCUCCAUCUACGGCUUCGUAUGGACAUAUUUCCGUGAACUGAUUCGUGACGGCAUCCAUUACUAUUACCCAAACAAAAUGAGUGGGAAAGUAUACAACAAGUUCCACCACUGGCGGGAACUUGCACGAUGGGUUUUCGGGGGGUUGUCAGCGAGGGACCUUAACCAAAUGAAAAAGAGACCACCUUGGCCCAUGCGAGUUUUUGGUGGGUUGGUCGAAUUGCAAUACUAUUUAUUAUGGGUUACACAUGGAAUCGGCCGCUCAGAGCCACGCUUUGCUCAAAAAGCAUUUCUGAUAUGGCUCGAGGACAUGCAGGCCGCUGGAGUAGACCUAGCCGAAUACGGCAGGCAGGAGCUCGAGAUCUAUCUCACUCAUGGCUCGUUACAAAGUCCACGAUGGCUUCAUGAAAACAUGUCACGCGAUAUUGGGCAACUUGGCGCUUCGGGGUGGAAGCUCGUAGGGUUUACAUAUGGGCCUGAGCCUGAAGAUUGGAAAUUCACAUGGGACCUUGACGCGUGGGAGUACGCUGGAGACUUUUGGGAGCAAGUUGAGAACCCACCUUUGCGUAUACCGGGUGGAUGGGUCGACGAUGAGAGCUGGUAGGGCACGGCGAGCAGCUCGCAGGCGCUUUUGUUACGAAACAGAAGAGAACACAAUUGGGUCA